AUGCGCGUCCUCGAUCGUCGAGUCCGUCGACGGCGAACCCGACGCGCGGUCGAGUCGCGCGGUCGAGUCGCGGCGCGCUGCGGCGCGCCGACGAUCGAUGCAUUCGAUCCCCCGCGCGCGAUCGAUAGAACCCGUAACUCGGCGCGAUCGCGCGAGCGGGGACGCUCGGCUGGAGAUUUAUCGACAAUUUACCUCGUGUGCGACCGUAUACGGGCGCGUAAGACGCGGAUGUGCGAUCGUCGAUUUUCGGCGAUCGGGACAGACCGCACCACUCGGAGCGAACGCUUCUAUGGCCCAGUGGUAAGGCGUCCCCUUCGUAAGGGGAAGAUCCUCGGUUCAAUCCCGAGUAGGAGCAAAUCGUAUAUUAAAUUUUUUUAG